GCGUGUGUGCAUUUCGAGUAUUUGCCCCCCACCCCACCCCCCUCACCCCACCACACACUCUCCUUUGCUUCCUCUGCCUUUCUGCCUCUGGCUCCUGCCGAGUGAACCAUGUCUGCGAGAGUGGCCCACCCUCAGGACCCUCAUCACCCAUCAGAGAAGCCCGUCAUCCAGUGCUACAAGUGUGGAGAGCCAUGCAAGGGUGAAGUGCUCCGGGUUCAAGCCAGGCAUUUCCACAUCAAAUGCUUCACGUGCAAAGUAUGUGGCUGUGACCUGGCUCAAGGAGGCUUCUUCAUAAAGAACGGAGAAUACCUCUGCACCCUGGAUUACCAGCGGAUGUAUGGAACGCGUUGUAAUGGCUGUGGGGAAUUCGUGGAGGGAGAGGUGGUGACCGCUCUCGGGAAGACCUACCACCCUAACUGCUUUGCUUGUACGGUCUGCAAACGCCCAUUUCCACCUGGAGACCGAGUUACCUUCAAUGGAAGGGACUGUCUUUGUCAACUCUGUGCUCAGCCAAUGUCUUCCAGCCAUAAGGAGGUCUCAAGCUCCAGCAAUUGUGCUGGCUGUGGCAGAGACAUAAAGAAUGGGCAGGCACUGCUGGCUCUGGAUAAGCAAUGGCACCUGGGGUGCUUUAAGUGCAAAUCCUGCGGAAAAGUCCUCACCGGGGAAUACAUCAGCAAGGAUGGAGCUCCUUACUGUGAAAAGGACUAUCAAGGGCUCUUUGGUGUCAAAUGUGAAGCUUGUCACCAGUUCAUCACGGGGAAAGUUUUAGAGGCUGGUGAUAAACACUACCAUCCAAGCUGUGCGCGAUGCAGCAGGUGCAACCAAAUGUUCACAGAAGGAGAGGAAAUGUAUCUUCAAGGUUCUACCGUUUGGCAUCCCGACUGUAAGCAGUCUACUAAGACUGAGGAGAAACUCCGGGUAAGGGAAGUUUGA